CAUAUACUCUCCAUUCCACAGCAAGACAGAAGUCUCUUUAUCCUGCACAUCAAAUCAAAACAUCUCCAUAUUCCAACCAACUCCCAUCAACAUGCGUUUCCAACUCGUCCUCCUCUCCCUUGUGGGACUCGGCUGCAUUUCCGCCCUCGCAACACCCGUCUCGCCCCUCCAAGUCCGUCAAAACGACGUCCCACCAUGUCAAGAUGGAGGCGGAGAUCCAGUCAACGAGGCUUACGAUACAGCUGCGGACUGUCAAGAUCACUGCUUCUUGAAGGAGAACGCUGAUGGUGACAAUAAGGGUGGCAUUUGCAAGGGUCUUUGUAUCAACGUUGGGCAUCCAGCUCCCAUUUUCCAGUGCAGAUCGAAGGGAACGAUCGACUAAGCGGGUAGAGACGUAGUCAGAGGAUGGAACUCGGGAGUCGGGAUCAGAUUCUGCGUGCGGACUUGUUAUCAGUAGUUAGGGUUUUUGUUUUGAAUCUAAGUUGUAGGUAGCUGUAGCUGGGGAGAAUCGAAAUGCA